AUGGAUGGAUGUAUGUAUAUGUAUGUAUGUCCUCACCUGCACACUAGUGAUGGAGCCAGUCUUCGUAGUCGUGAUGCGCUCCUGCAUGGUGCCCAUGUCCGUCGCCAAAGUGGGCUGGUAGCCCACAGCGGACGGUAUACGCCCAAAUCCAGCCUGAGUGAACCUGAAGAUGUUGUCAACAAACAGCAACACGUCCUGCCCUUGCUUGUCUCUAAAGUGCUCUGCCAGGGUCAGCCCUGUGAGCGCGACGCGCGCCCUCGCGCCGGGCGGCUCGUUCAUCUGACCGUAUACCAACGCUACCUGCGGUAUGAACUCUUCACUACCACGUUC